GUGGCGGCGGUGGAGGCGGCGGAGGCAACUGUGAGGGUGUUCCCGGAAGAUGGUGCUGAUUAAGGAAUUUCGUGUGGUUUUGCCGUGUUCUGUUCAAGAGUAUCAGGUUGGACAGCUUUACUCUGUUGCAGAAGCGAGUAAGAAUGAAACUGGCGGUGGAGAAGGGAUCGAAGUCUUGAAGAAUGAACCAUAUGAGAAGGAUGGAGAGAAGGGACAGUACACACACAAAAUUUACCACCUGAAGAGCAAAGUUCCUGCAUUUGUAAGGAUGAUUGCUCCCGAGGGCUCCUUGGUGUUUCAUGAGAAAGCCUGGAAUGCUUAUCCCUACUGUAGAACAAUUGUAACGAAUGAAUAUAUGAAAGAUGACUUCUUCAUCAAAAUUGAAACAUGGCACAAACCUGACUUAGGAACAUUAGAAAAUGUUCAUGGUUUAGAUCCAAACACAUGGAAAACCGUUGAAAUUGUCCACAUAGACAUUGCAGAUCGAAGUCAAGUUGAACCGGCAGACUACAAAGCUGAUGAAGACCCUGCAUUAUUCCAUUCAGUCAAGACCAAGAGAGGCCCCCUGGGACCUAACUGGAAGAAGGAACUGGCAAACACCCCUGACUGUCCUAAGAUGUGUGCCUAUAAACUGGUGACCAUCAAGUUCAAGUGGUGGGGGCUACAGAGCAAAGUAGAAAACUUCAUUCAAAAGCAAGAAAAACGGAUAUUUACAAACUUACAUCGCCAGCUCUUUUGUUGGAUUGACAAGUGGAUCGAUCUGACAAUGGAAGACAUUAGGAGAAUGGAAGAUGAGACUCAGAAAGAACUCGAAACACUACGGAGUCAAGGCCAAGUGAGGGGAACAAGUGCAGCCUGUGACGAGUGAAGAUGCUACCAGUGUCUCUGUGUUGAUGUUUCCAGCGUGUGCCUGUGAUGACUCAAGGGCACGUGUACACACAUACACACAUGUCUGCAUGUGUGUAUGUGUGUAUGUCUGUAGCUGUAUGUAAAACACAUAUGGCUAGAGGCCUAGAUACACACACAAGUGUAUAUAUGUAUGUGAAAACAUUGAAGGGAUCAGUACAAUUUCUCCAAAGUACUGUACCUCUCUUCAGCAAAAAUACUAAAGAAAAUAUUUUCAAUAUAUAAACCUGGAACGGAUUUUAAUAAUCAUCAAUGUGAUGCCCUUGAUGGAUAAAUGGACUGCCAUGUGGUGCUGGCUGGCGUGCUUCAUGAAUGCCAGGUGUGGACCAGUGUGUAUAGUUUUGGGUUGUUUCUGUUUUUUCAAAUCACCACACAUACACUUUUAUUUUUAUCCCAUCAGCAGCAGACUCCUACAGAAAGAUAUCUUAAGAUUGUUAGAUACUCCAGUGAAUCCGGAGAGUAAACUCUGGAUGUUUUGGGUGUAUUUGUAACUAUUUAUUUCUGGGUGGCCACUCUUCCAGCCAAAUCCAACAAUGUCUGUUGAGUAAGGAGUGAAAUCAAAGCUCUUUACUAGAUCACCCAAGGGGCGGGGAAAUCUUUUUUUUAAAAUUGACACUUUUUAUUGGAUUUUUGUAUUUUGAAUUUCAAGUAUUUUUCUACAUCAAAUCUAGCAAAAAAAAAAAAAGUGAUGACGGUUUGUGAUUCCUAAUAAACACUAGACAAUACUCAGACUCUGUGAGCAAACAAGGUGAUAAAGGAAAUAACCUUGAUGGUAUUGCAGGUCACACAGAGCUUUUCUGUUGAGCUCUGUUUCUGGGAUCCAGUGUGGAGACUAUGCAGACCAUCCAUGUUGCUCUGAGCACAGUGACAUUUAGCUCUUUGCCUGCUGCAGUCCAAGCCAGGGGGAAUGCUGAUGGUGAGCUAGGAACAGUUAAAGGUGGCACGGGACCGUCCCCAUCCUGAGGCCAGCUCCAUCCUGAGCAUUGCUGCCGACACUGCUUCCUUUUCUUCCCUCUUCUUUCUCCUCUUUUUCUCUCUUUUUUUUUUUUUAAAGGAAGGAACAAUAGCUAGGUAAGAUUUUUUUUUUUAAUUAACUUUUCUGUAUAAUGCUGUUUUCCCUUGUCAGUCCCAGAAGCCUGACCAGAAUCAUACUGUUGAAGCCCUCAGGUUACACACUGUCUUUUUAACCUACAUCACCCCACAGUCCUCCAUCCCCCAUAGAACAUAUCACCCCCACAGUGAGCCCAAUAGUAACUGGUUCCUUUGCUGACAGACUUGCCCCUCCUCCCAUGUCCUGUGUUCCCACUGCAUUGCAAUAAUACCCUGUCAUCCUCGGCAACAGACCCUGGCUUCCAUGUGCCCUCUCAAGAUGAAGGCUGGUGUUUUUUCUCUGGAUACUGUUGGGAGAUGGGUUUGGUUACAUCAGUGGGAAAGGCACCAGAAGGGUCAUUGCCAACCCCAGGCAGUGGAGAACCCAGUCUUUUCCCCAGUGAACUAAUUCAUGGACAGCCAUAGUCACAUUGGGAGUUUGGACACACAAGGAAAUGAGAGCCUGGUGUGAACUCUACUGUCUUCUAACAGCUGUGGAGAUUGAGGGACGUGGUGAAUGUCAAAUACCUGUUGACUUGGCAGUCUCUUGUGUAAACUACAGUAAAACAAAGUAAGUGAAAUUGAAACAAAAAUAAAUUUGAUCACAAA